AUGUCUCCACCCCUCAUCUUCGUCACCGGCGCAACUGGCUUCAUUGGCGCGCACGUCGUCAGUCAAGCGCUCGCAGCCGGCUUCAGAGUCCGUCUCAGCGUACGCAAGGAGGUGCAGAUCGACAACUUACGCAAGCUAUUCUCUGGGCAUGCGACAAGCGUUGACUUCACCGUCAUCUCAGACUUCGCCAGCCCAGACGGAUUUGGCAAGGCGCUUGAAGACGUGACCUAUGUCUUUCAUCUCGCCUCACCCAUGCCUGGGACAGGCUCUGACUUCGAGACAGACUAUCUGCAGCCAGCAGUGCAAGGCACCAUCGCCCUCCUGGACGCUGCAAAUAAGGUCGACACGAUCAAGAGGGUCAUCCUUGUUUCUUCUUUGCUUGCGCUGAUCCCUUUGGAAGCGAUGACUACUGGGAAGUUCAAUGUCAAAGAAGGACUCAACCGCUCCAUUUCCGUCGACCCGAAGAUGUCCUUCCCAGACGACCCUGUGGCCUCUGGCGGCAUGAAGUACCACGCCUCCAAGAUUCUCGCACACCGCGCAUCGCUCGAAUGGGCGUCCGCUAACAACCCUUCUUUCCACACCAUCACCCUCCACCCGUCAUUCGUUUUCGGCCGCAACCUGACUCAAACGUCAGCGGAUGCACUCGACGGCACAAACGCCAUGCUCUGGGGCUGCCUGCACUCACCCAAGCCCUUCAUCCCCAUGACCAGCGUCGACGUACGAGACGUUGCGGCCGCCCACCUGAAAGCUCUAGACGUGCAGGUAGGAAAGAAGUCAGACGUGGAGGAAUUCAUGCUCACUGCCGGCCCGAAGCAAAACUGGACGUGGGGACAAGUCGCUGAGUUUGCGCGGGAGAAAUACCCCAGCUUCGACGUGAAGCUGCAAGGUCCUUUCGAGGAGCCGCCGAGAGUGGAUACGGCCAGAGCCGAGGGAACGUUGGGGCUGAAGUGGAGAAGCAUGGAGGAUACAGUGGGCAGUUUUCUGGACCAGCAGAUGGAACUCCGUGCUCAGCUUUAA